UAUAUCAGACUUUCCCCCUCUUCCGCUACUUUCCGUCUGAUAUAGAGAGAGGUAGAGGGGAAACGAGUUUGAGCGUGAACACGAAUUAAGAUAAGGUGGAGGGUUAGGGCGGUUCUUCCUAUAUCUCUCUAUCUAUCUAUCUAUCGUCGCUUCCCUUCCGUGGAACAUCAUGGCAUCUCAACAACAACAAGUUCGUGAGUGGUCUGGAAUCAAUACGUUUGCGCCUGCUACACAAACCAAAUUGCUUGAACUUUUGGGAAAACUCAAACAAGAGGAUGUGAACUCCUUGACCAUACUUGUGAUGGGGAAAGGCGGUGUCGGAAAGUCUUCAACUGUGAACUCUAUCAUUGGGGAAAGAGUGGUGGCGAUUAGUCCCUUUCAGUCGGAAGGGCCAAGACCUGUUAUGGUGUCGCGAGCAAGGGCUGGUUUUACAUUGAACAUUAUCGAUACUCCUGGUCUUAUUGAAGGGGGGUACAUCAAUGAUAUGGCACUUGAUAUCAUAAAACGCUUCCUUCUGGACAAGACCAUAGAUGUUCUUCUUUACGUGGACCGGUUAGAUGCAUAUCGAGUAGACAACUUGGAUAAGUUGGUUGCAAAAGCUAUUACCGACAGUUUUGGCAAAGGAAUAUGGAACAAGGCUAUAGUAGCACUCACACAUGCCCAGUUCUCUCCACCAGAUGCAUUGGCUUAUGAUGAAUUCUUCUCAAAAAGAUCUGAGUCUCUAUUACAAAUUAUAAAAUCAGGUGCAUCCUUAAAGAAGGAUGACGCUCAGGCUUCUGCCAUUCCUGUUGUCUUGAUCGAGAACAGUGGGAGGUGCAACAAAAAUGAAACUGAUGAAAAGGUUCUUCCAAAUGGGAUUGCUUGGAUUCCUCACCUAGUCCACACAAUCACAGAAAUUGCAUUGAACAAAAGUGAGUCUAUUUUUGUUGACAAGAAUUUGAUUGAAGGACCAAAUCCAAAUCAGAGAGGAAAAUUAUGGAUUCCUGUCUUAUUUGCUCUAGAGUUCUUGCUUAUCAUGAAGCCUAUAGAAGGACUGAUCAAAAACGAUGUUGCUAAUGAAAAAAAGCCCUCUUGGGAGACACGUGAUGUAGGUGUUAAGAAAGAGACACGUGAAGUUGGUCAGAAAGAUAUGCGUAAAGAGAGGCGUGGUGGAGCAGUUCGGAGAUAAGAUGAUCUGUAUUAGUUGUGCAUGUCUGCCUUCUCGUGAAAAUCGGUGAAGCUUUAGCCAUCAUUACUGACACAUCUGUCCUUUUUGUGUCUGUUUUCUUAUUGAAUUUAGUUGCUAUUUUCAUGUACCAACUAUUAGUGUGCGGCAUAGGAAUUUGUCUGUGAUUUAGAGGAUCGCUUGUUUUGUGAGAAUUCAGUUUGAUAGGAUUUGAUGUAUUAAGCUAGCACUAGAUGCAGCCACUACCAUUGUUUGUUUAAAUAUCCUUUAACUAUUAAAACCAUCCCCAAGUUUAAGGAUUUAUGGGUCUUAAUUGGAAUCUAUCUGUGAAAUGAAUUUCAGUUGCUUUA